UUAAUCGAUAUCUAAUUUAUCUAAUGCACAUGAGAAUUAUUGAAUAACUUUUUAUGAAGUGAAUCUUUCAUGUAAUGCAGGCUUACAAGGCGUGUAUAUUUUUAAAUUUUUUUCUAUCAAAACACACUUGUCAAAAAAGGAAUAAUAAUUUUUCAACUCUCAAACAAACUUUUAACUGUUCAAGAGACUGGAAAAAAAUUAAAAUAUAAAAUUUUCUGUCUUCAAAUAUUUCAAAAAAUUUCUCUUGAAAGGAAGUCAGUUUAACAGUAUUCGCAAUAUACUUCACGUAACUAUGGUUUAUAUUAUACAAAAUAAGGAAGAUCUCGACAAGAAGUUAGAAGAAGCCGUUGGCUCAGGCCAAUUGGUGGUCAUCGACUUCUUUGCUAAUUGGUGUGGACCUUGUAAGAUUAUCAGUCCAAAAUUAGAAGAAUUAGCCACACAAUAUGCGGAGAAAGCAAUUGUUUUGAAAGUCAAUGUGGACGAUUGUGAGGAAAUCGCUUUGGAGUACAAUGUGACAAGCAUGCCAACCUUCGUUUUCAUAAAGGAUAAUCAUGUUAUCGAUGUAUUUGUCGGCGGCAACUCCGAAAAGUUGGUUAAAAAUAUGGAAAAAUAUGUUGGUGAACCAAUACCAGUUGAAAUAAUGCCGGAAAUCGUUGAAGUCGAGCAGGCUGUGGAAGAAGAACCUGUACUUGAUUGAAGAUAAUACAAAUAAUUACAACUGAUUUGUUUUGCUGAAUUUAUUAUAUGAAGCUUGAAAUCAAUAUAGAAUAACUAACGCAUUAUGUUUUAUAUUUGCCAAGUUAUGGCAUUUUAUUUCCAAAUGAAUUUUGUACAUUUCUUUAUGUAAAUAUUUUUUUUUUAAUAAUAAUUAAAGGAAAA